UUGGAUGAAUACUUUGCAACAGCCGCCUCAUCACCAUCAAUAAACUUUCUUCCCCACCAACACAGCUCUACCAGUUUUGCACGUAUAAGUGGAUUAAUAAGCAUCCUUAUGUUUCUUCACUCCAUCUAAAAUCAACACACCAAAAAAGAAAAACCCUAAAUUACAGCUACAGCAUAUAUAUCAAGCUUUUUCCCAGGUACGCAUUCUGAGUUUUAUAAACAUAUCCCAAUUUCCAACAUAUGCACUCUCUAUGGUUUCUGGAUAUGGGAUUGGGAGAGAGGGAGAAAGCUGAGAUUGCAUCUCCAUGCGCCGCGUGUAAGAUCCUAAGGAGAAGAUGCGACCCAGAUACAUGCGUGCUGGCUCCUUACUUUCCUCCCCAUGAUCCUCAAAAGUUUGCUACUGCACAUACAGUAUUUGGUGCAUGUAACAUUAUCAAAAUGCUUCAGACUAUUCCAGAGGAGCGCAGAGCAGAUGCAGUGAGUAGCAUGGUGUAUGAGGCAAACGCGAGGGUUAGAGAUCCCGUGUAUGGGUGCGCUGGAGCCAUUUCUCAGCUGCAACAUCAUAUAUUUACACUGCAAUCGCAAUUGGCUAAAGCUCAAGCAGACCUAUUAUUCAUGCAUCUACAACGUAGUAAUCUUUUGUCCAUCAUCGCUGGGGAUGAAUCGGGAGGAGGAUAUAGCUUUCAAUCCUCGUCUCCCACCCAAGAGAAUCAAGACGAUCAUAUCACUUCAAAGCUAGACAAUUCGGGCACCUUGUGGGACCUCCUAUAAGCACCCAGGCUCUUCAAAAUGUUUGGAUUAUUCCACUUCUGAUUGGGUCACGUUUGAUUUCUGAGAAAUUUUAACAGAUGGGAUCUUCUGUUCAUAGUUGUUUAGUCUUAACAGAUGGGUUGGGAUGGGAUUCUCCUUGUUUUCUCAAAUGAGAAAUUUUAACAGAUGAGAUCUUUUCUUUAUAGGUGUUUAGUGAAAGGAAGAAUUCUGAUCUAGAUGCAUGGUUAUUCAUCAUGUUGUAAUCUAUUUAUUUCAAAAAAAAAACAAAAAAAAACCAACCACAUGUUGAUGUUAUAAUGCAUUUGAAGAUGUAUUCAUUGUGCAAUCUAACACAUGAUGAGGGAAGAUUAAGAAAGGAAAAUAGAGGAAUGAUUAGAAUAAAAUCUAAUUUAAAACCAGAAUAUAGUAUUGGUUUUGUUU